AUGAGUGUAUUUGUGCUGUAUGCCUCCAAGAAAGUGUUGAUCGUGUAUGCCCAUCAAAGUGCCGGCUCAUUCAGUGCAGCAGCCAAAGAUGCUGCAGUGGAGGUUUUAACUGCUCAGGGCUGCACAGUGGAAGUUUCUGACCUUUACGCUAUGAAGUUUAAAGCCACUGCCACUGCGGAGGACAUCAUUGGAGAAAUUAAAAAUGCUGAACACUUCCGUUAUGCGGAAGAGACAAAAUUGGCAUGGGAGGCAGGGAAACUAUCUGCUGACAUCACUGAAGAGCAACAUAAACUCAAUGAAGCAGAGUUGAUCAUCUUUCAGUUCCCCAUGUACUGGUUCACUGUUCCUGCAAUUGUGAAGGGCUGGUUUGACCGUGUGCUCACACUGGGCUUUGCAUACUCACACAAGAAGCGAUACACAGAGGGCAUUUUCAAGGACAAGAAAGCCAUGCUGUCCUUCACCACUGGAUCUCAUGAGUCAAUGUUCAGUGCCAAUGGCAUUAAUGGAGACAUGAAUGUGACACUAUGGCCACUCCAGAACGGCAUCCUGCACUAUUGUGGCUUCCAGGUUCUUGCCCCUCAGAUCUUCUGGGCUCCGUCUCACAUUCCCUCUGAGGCCCGCAGCACUAUGCUGGAGGCCUGGCGUACACGACUACAAGGCCUCCUGGAAGAAAAAACACUUUCUUUCACUCCCAUGGACUGCUUUGAUGGGGAGAAGGGUUUCCAGCUGAAGCCUGAGGUCCAUGAGAAACAUGCCAGCAAAGAGUUUGGGCUGACAGUGGGGAUCCACCUGGGCAAAGCACUACCACCAAACAACCAGAUGAAGGCUGGCGUCUGA